UUGCCUCAAUAAUCUUUAGGAUAAUAGAAUGAAGAAACUGUGAGAAAAAUUGCUCCGAGUGUUACCGAGAUAUCAAAUGAAUAUUAAUUGCACGUAGUGAAAACAAUCCGGAACAAAAAAAAAUGCACUUGGCCACACCUGAAGUGACCUCCACCACCAAUCCGACAUCGAUGGAGCUCAAUGGGAACAGUGGUGGCGGAAUAAACACAGACAGUGUCAAUACGACCAACGGAACCACCGAUGGCACCUCAAAGCAUCAACCACUAACGGCGGAAACUUUGGCGGAGCGAACCAUUGAAGGUCUGCUGGCGGACCAUCCCGGAGAGCUAAUCCGCACCGGAUCACCACAUGUGGUUUGCACCGUGCUUCCGAAUCACUGGCGAUCGAACAAGACACUGCCCGUGGCCUUCAAAGUGGUUGCCCUUGGAGACGUGGGCGACGGCACGAUGGUGACCGUGAUGGCAGGCAAUGACGAGAAUUUUUGCGGAGAGCUACGAAACUGCACGGCCAUUAUGAAAAAUCAGGUGGCAAAGUUCAACGAUCUCCGGUUUGUUGGCCGUAGCGGCAGAGGAAAAAGUUUCACCCUGACGAUAGUGAUAUCGACGGUUCCGAUCCAGGUUGCAACGUACUCAAAGGCGAUCAAAGUGACGGUGGAUGGUCCUCGGGAGCCGCGGUCCAAAAUACGACAUCAGGGCUUCCAUCCGUUUGCAUUCGGACCGCAACGAUUCGGGCCGGAUCCACUGAUGGGAACAUUACCUUUUAAAUUACCAGGGUUUCCACAUCAAUUAGGCGGUAUGGCGGGCCAUUUACAUAUGGCCAACGAUUGGCGGCAGCUCAAUGGUCGGACUGCGGCUGGAUUUCCAAGUUCACAUUUUUUCCACCACCAUGCGGCCACCAAUCCGGCCCAUUUUGCACCGCAUAUGUUGGCCGCCAUCGAUCGCAUUGAGCAACAACACCAGCAGCAACAGCAGCAGCAACAACAGCAACAACUUCAACACCAUCGACAACACCCGUCGGCGGCUGCGGCAACAACGAUGGGAAUGCUCUCAGCGGUAGCCGCAGCAGCCUCCACGUCGGCGUCUACCGUUGGCAUCUUCAACAAUGGACCGGGUGGCGGCAGCGGCGGCGGUGGGGGUGCCAGCAAUAAUGAUGGGGGCUCCGCAAUAAACUCGCCCCGGAUUAGCGAUUCCAAUGAUGUACAUAACACCCUCGGCAACUUCAAUCCCCAUAGCACAACUAGUCCGAAGAGCUCACCGAAUCCCUCCAGCGAUACCCGUCAACGUGUCUCGUCCAAUACGGGUAAUCCUAAACUAUCGUCGGAUGUAGACUAUGAUCGAGAAGAUCUGGAUGACGACAACGAUCAAAUCAGCGUCACUGGUUCUGACCAGGGCAGCACUGGACCAACGGAAAACGACCGACGAAGCCCUCUACUUGGAGGAGCUUUCACAUCACUGAUUCAGAAAAACCAUGCCAAGAUGAAAAGCGGCCUGGACAUUUUCCAGAAUGGGGCGUUCACUGCUGGACCUUAUCCACCCCAAGUUCAGCAACCUCAUCCUCUCAAUCAUGCCCUGGCUGCACAGCUAUUCUUCCAGAAUAAUCUCAUACCUCAACCAAAUCACUGGUUGUACAAUCAACUGUACGGAAAUUACCAAGAGCUCCCCUGGUUCAGACAGUCGCUAUUCGCGAACAACAACAAUAACAACAGCACACCAAACAACGACAGCAAAGACAGCCUGGACUCACCGAAGAGUACCGAAGCCAGCGGGAACAAGCGAUCGAUCACGGUAGUUUCCAGCAACGGCGAAGACGAGGAAGAUUGUUCGCCACGGAAAACGAUCGCCAUCGACGACGAGGAAGACGAGCGGCGGAAAAAUUCUCCAUCCGUUACGUCGACGAAGAGAUCGCCAAGUCCCGAGGUGUCACCGGCUUCCCCCUGUACGGACAGCGUUUCCAGUUUGACGGUCCUGGAAGGUUCGACAAAACUGAGUCGACGCGGUUCCGUGGAUAAGCUGAAUCGCGAGCUGCAGCAAAACUCCAAACACGGCGAUGUGUGGCGUCCUUAUUAGAGAGUGAGGAAUGGAUUGCAACGAAUCAGCUGCAUAUAGAUUUGUAGGUCAAGAAAGGUUGAAUCAAUUGUAGGAAAAUAGAAGCAGAAUUUU